AUGAACGAAGGCCCAAUGAAACGUGGUAUUUGGAGGGGAUGGUACACAGAUGAGAAUGGAAACGAGAGAAUUUACGCCACAACGCAUUUCCAACCAUACAACGCGAGACAAGCGUUCCCAUGCUGGGACGAACCUCUAUAUAAAUCAGUAUUCAAACUGCAUUUAUCAAGACCAGAGAGUUAUUCAGGAACUUUUUCCAAUACGGGCAUCGAAUCAAGUAUUAGAUUAGCCAAUAAUCGUGUGCGCGACAAUUUCUACCCUACACCAAGAAUGUCCUCAUACCUCGUUACGUUUCUGAUCAGUGAGUCCUUUGGAGUGAUCGCAGAAGACACUUCUAUAGAACCCCCAAUUCGCAUCAUUGGUCGGUCCAACACUAAGGGAUUAGGGGAUCGAGCUUUGGAGCUCACCGUUAAAAUGGCGAAAUACUUUGACGAGUUCUUCGGUAUAUCGUAUUCAGAUCUGCAUCCAUAUUUGUAUAACGACCACGUUUCAUCACCUGAUUGGGCGUCUGCUGGAACAGAAAAUUGGGGCAUGGUCAGCUAUAGCGCUUAUGAAGCAACUGACCAAUACGACUUGUACGACGCUUUCGCCGAAGCCGCUCAAGAAGACGGUACUCUAAGUGAAUACCGUAACUUCGAUUUCGCCGAGUAUUACCGUGUUUGGGUUAACGAACCCGGCUACCCUUUGCUAACGGUUAAUGUUAAUCAUGAAACCGGAGAAAUGUCACUGAGUCAAGUCGUCGACGACGUUUUCGCUUUGAUGAGAUCGGAACGUAUGACGUACGAUUUCGGAUUUAAAAUUUUAAGAUUCCUUCGUAACGAAGUGAACUACCAUGUUUGGAAUCCAGCAAUUACUGGAUAUAAUUGGUUGCGUAAUAGAUUAAGACAUAUUCCCGAGAGCCAAGCCGUGUUUGACUUCCUGAUUCUGAGUAAUAUGGAAAGAGUAAUUGAAAAAGUGGGUUAUGACGCCCAAGAAAACGAGAACCCCACUACAAGCCUUACUCGUCAGGAGGUUCUACAUUUUGCUUGCACGCUUGGACACGAGAAGGUAAACCCGAGGAUUCGUCGUAAUGUCUACGUAAAUGGUAUAAGACAUGGCGAUCGAAGCGAUUUCCAGUUCCUUCUGAAUCGAAUGUCAAACUCUAACUUUGCUAACGACCAGUUGGAAAUGUUGAGGGGGCUUGGUGCCGCCAGACAACCAGAGCUGCUAACACAAUAUUUAGAAAUAACAUUAACGAAGGCUGUCAGGUCGCACGACAAAGCUAACUCAUUUAACUAUGCUUUAUUGGGCAACCAGGAAAAUGCUCACACACUCCUACAGUUUGUCAAGAACAACAUCGACAGGAUGAGAGAAGCGUACAUAGAGGAUGCACCGCCUACGCCAGUUCAUACUUGCUUAUCUAAUCUCGCGGCAUAUCUUGAUGAAGCAGGCUUGGUAGAGUAUGAAGACUGGCUACGAACAACGCAGAGCAACUCGCUACAAUUCAAUUCGGCCAUUUCGGCGAUAAACUCUGCACGGAACAACAUGGCUUGGGGUACCGCGAACGCUGACACUAUAAUUGCAGCUGCAAAGGGUGGUGUUAUCAACGUGAUGGUGUCAACUGCUUUGUUGGUUACCAUGGCGAUAGUCGCCAUUUUAGUU